AUGGUUCGGUAUAUUUUUUCUUGGCUCUGGGCUAUUCCUGCCCUGGCCCAAGUUCAAAGCUUUCAUCCUCAAGGCCACGAUGAGAUCACUUAUAGCUUCAAUGUCCCCGAUAAUACCGCCAGAUCGGGCUCGGGCCCCAUAUACUUCCAGAUGAAUUCUACGCGCCAAGUGCAGUGGUUUGCCAUGGGCCAAGGAAGGCAAAUGGCAGGCGCCAAUAUGUUUGUGGUGUACACAUCUGGCAACAAUGUUACUGUUUCUCCGCGGUCGGGUGUCGGGGAGAUUCAACCGUUGUAUAACAAGGACGCCCAUAUUACAAUUCUGAAUGGCAGUGGUGUGCGCGACGGAGUCAUCACUGCCAAUGUUCAAUGCGAUACCUGCCUGAAAUGGAAUGGGGGAACAGAGAACGUAAACAGCUCCUCGAGUCCGUGGAUUUGGGCGAUUAAAUAUGGAGAAUCCCUAAAUUCAGUCAAUGUGUCUGAGGAUAUCACCCAUCAUGAUUAUCACGGUGUCAUGCUCAUCGACCUGCAAAGAGCGACGGGCGGCAGCUUAGUGAACCCUUUCGCGCAAAUGGACCGAGUCUCCAUCUCCCCCAGUGAAGAAGAUCCGGAGUAUGCGGCCUUCCGAAACACAAUCAGAAGGAAAAAGACGGCUCAUGCUAUGCUCAUGGUCUUCGCUUUUGUGGUCAUGUUCCCUUUCUUCGCACUCGGACUUCAUGUUUUCCCAUCCAAAUGGACGGUGAACAUUCACGGAACAUUUCAACUCCUCACUUUGGCUGUGGCAAUUGCGGGCCUUGGAGUUGGUGUUUCUAUGGCACGGCAGAUUGAAUUGAUCGAUUCUUACCAUACCAUCCUCGGAAUGAUCAUUGUCGGAACCCUUGCUCUUUUCCAACCUGCCAUGGGCAUGUUGCAGCACAUAUUCUUCCGGAAAACGGGGAGGAAAGGACAUUUUGCUUAUAUGCACCGCUGGUUUGGACGGUUGAUGAUGAUCUUGGGUAUUAUCAAUGUUGGGCUAGGAUUUAAGCUUGCGCAUGGACCGCGUGGGGCGGUCAUUGCAACUUGUGUUAUUGCUGGGAUCAUUGCGAUAGUUUAUAUUGUGACAUACUUGAAUCGCAAAUCGCUACAUAACAAACCCACCGUUCACGUUACCUACGAUGAGGGUAUCCAGAUUGUUCGUCAAUUCCUAUUCUAUGCAUCCAAACACCCCGUCGAAGACCUCCAGGCGUUCACUCGCCAAUGGGUCCCAAGCCCACAUUGGGUGAGAACCGAGACCAUCACAAUCCCUGACGAGUUCUUGUCCUCUGCUGCAAAAGCUGUCACAAAGCAACUAGGGCACAAGGGCGUCAUACGAGUGGGAGGAGAGAAAUGGUGGCAAUGGCGUGGGCCGUCCGAAGAGCUGAGGGGGGAGUGGGUUGAGAUGCGGAACCACUACAAUCAAACGGAGGGGGCCGGCAGGCAUUGUAAUCGUGUGAUGCUCUAUAUCCAUGGUGGGGCGUAUUUCUUCGGAAGUGUGGAUACCCAUCGGUAUAUGAUGCAGCGACAUGCGCGCAAGCUGAAGGGACGUGUGUUUGCACCGGAGUAUCGACUGUCGCCGCAGUUCCCUUUCCCGUGUGGCCUGCAUGAUUGUAUGGCGGCUUACCUCUGGCUGCUUAAGUCCCACAAACCAAAGGAAAUCAUUCUUGCUGGUGAUUCUGCGGGCGGAGGCAUGGCUCUAUCGAUGCUAGUCAUCAUGAGAGACCAAGGUAUACCCUUACCCGCGGGCGCUAUCUUGAUCUCACCCUGGGUUGAUCUGACACACUCAUUCCCGAGUAUUGUUAAAGACAACCCAGGUGAUUAUGUCCCUGCUUAUGGCUUCCGGCAUAAGCCUUCGGCCGCUUGGCCUCCUCCCAAUGCCGAUGAAAUUCUGGAAAUAAAAAGAUUGUCACGCCAACCAAGGGUGACUGCCGAGGAAGUUAACAGAGUUAUUCCCCAACCGAACAGCACUGCUGAAGAGACUGCCAUCCGUGGUUAUACUGUCCACGAGAACACCUCAGCCCCAGCAGAGGCUGCCUACCCUGGCCUGCAACAAGCCCCGAGUCCUACUACUUUGCAUGCUGAACCCGAUAAUAUUCACGUUGUUUUGGACGGGAAGACAGUCGAACUCAAGGACCAAAUCCAGUUGUACACGACGAACCAACUCAUGUCCCACCCUCUUGUUUCGCCAGUACUCCAACCCUCACUGGGUGGCCUGCCGCCUCUACACAUAUUGAGCGGCGGCGGUGAGACGCUUCGUGACGAGCAAUUCUACGUGGCCCACAAAGCAGCCAAUCCGACAGCAUACCCACCCAGUGACGCAUAUCUCGAUGAGAACGAUCCGACCCGGGAAACUUUGAACAAAUACGAACCAACUUAUGUACAAUUUCAGGUUUGGGACGACCUAUGCCAUGUCGCUCCAACUCUGAGCUUCACGCGACCAGCCAAGUACAUGUUCCGUUCCAUUGCCCAGUUUGGCUCUUGGGCACUGGCUCGUGCACAGAAUGGCGAGGUUGAAAUUACGGAUGAUAGUGCUCUUUCGGCCGCUUCGUCAAGCAGCUCAGAAGAUGAAGAUAUCCCGGGCCUCCAAACCGCACUGAACCGUCCGCCUAGUGGACCUGGGCCUUCGUCUGUCGGAAAGGCCGGGGAUCCUCUUCCAGCCUUCCAUGAGCACAUGAUACGGCAAAGAAUCGAUAAACGAGGGCAUGUCUUCCAGCUAGAUCCCCCCUCUUCCUACCCAGUGCUAGAUCUCCCCCCUGCCAAAGUAGGGGCAGUUAACCCCGUGCUUAUCCAAAUGUGGUUGGAUGCAAAGAAGGAAUGGGAUAUCAGAUUUGCCAAGGAGAAGCUUCGGGUUCAGACCCGACGCAUGAAAGAGCUGGCGCAUGGCUUCCAGGACUUUGAUGGCGAAUGUCCUCCCCCAAGCUCUUUGGCCGCUCGACGAGCUGCUCCAGGUGUACUACCAAAACGACAUGCCAAAAAGAACUACGGUAUGAUGAUGUGGAGCGGCUGGGGAAGCAGACAUGACGAGCGCAGAAUCGAAAUGGAGAAGCAGGCUGUGGAAUCAGGCAAACGUUCCACCCGUGUUAGCACUGAUGCUGGGCAGGCUGGAGCAUGGUCUAGCACUCCGGCGACGAAUCCUCAAACCGAAAAAGUCUUAGACAAAGACCUUACCGACAACAAAUCGCAGUCUAACGGCUACACUGCUGUCAGCUGGGAUGAAAAGGAACACCAUAAUAACGGCGAUUCUUCCACUGGACGUAUCUCCACAGAUCCCGAAACAUUCUCUCGACCACUUUCGGAGAAAAGCGCUGGCCCAAUCCUUAUAUUGCCUGGGGUGAACAACAACAAAUUCACCGAUGAGAGCGCCAGCACGAGGGGUCUCUUUCACGCAGCAGGAACUCUCCCGAUGAAAUCCGAUCUCUCGUUGGCUCACAGCAGGUACCGGCCAACAUCCGCUGCAGGAUCAUGCACUGGUCGAAGCGAGAUGAUGUCGGACACUGGCAGUACCGUUGGUGGCGACAAGGACUAUUCCGCCUUCAUGAACAUGGCAUCCGAUAACGCUAGCAACCGAGCUGUGAUAGGCGCGCGGGGUGUGAUUUCCCCAAUGAUAGCUGGUGAGAAUGGCCGUCGCUCUACAGAUACCCUAUCUGUGUUCUCUGCGACUGGUCGGGACUCCAUGUCGCACCGUCCUGAAAUGGCGGACAGGGAGAUUUACAAAACCGCCGAGUAA